AUGGCCCGCAAAUACUUCUCCCCCUACGCCCCCCGCCGCCGCCGCUCCCCCCAAGUCGUCGUCAUCUGGGUCUCCAUUUUUGUGUUUCUCCUCUGGCUGACCUGGUUCAUCACCACCCGCCACAAAGAGGAAGCCCGGCCGUAUGUGGAUGAGUUCAUGCACCCGCGGGCUGGUCGCGCGCAUGUGCCGGUCGUGGAUGUCGGGCCGGAUGGACCGGGGGAGGGGGAGGAGAGGGGGGUUUGA